AUGAACAUGCAGCUAAUGAAAGGAGCUCCUCCUGGGUCCAUAGGAGUUGCACAUCCAUCCGGUUGGGUACAAUGCCAUAUUUUCACCCAGUGGUUUCGUCACUUUAUCCAAUACGUUAAACCAACUAAAGAGAACCCUAUCCUGCUAAUUCUUGACGGUCAUUACAGCCACACGCGCAAUAUUGAAAUUAUUGAUCUUGCAAGAGAAAAUUUUGUCACUAUUUUGCGUCUACCUCCUCACUCUACACACAAACUCCAACCGUUGGAUAAGUCAUUGAUGGGCCCAUUGAAAGUCUAUUACAGUGAAGAGAUUCGUAUCUGGAUCCGCCAAAACCAACGGGCUCUGAGCCCUUUUGACAUUAUGGAGUUGUUUGAUAGAGCUUAUGAAAAAGUUCAGACUUACUCAGUAGCGGAAAAUGGUUUUCGCGUCACUGGAAUCUGCCCUUUUAACAGAAACGUUUUUACUAAUGCUGACUAUAUUGCUGCAGAACAAGAAGCAGCAAAAAGAGGAAUUACCGUUGGCAUUGAAAACCUUAAAACCAUUGCUUCUGUUGACGUUAACAAACCAUCCUGCUCUAAAGAUUGGGUCGCGCCUAUCGAUAUCGAUCAACCUUCACGCUCUAAAACCUCAUGCGAAGAUAAUGUGCCAAUCAGAACUCAGACGAUUGACCAAGAAAAAGAGCAAAGCUCUGACUCAAAAGCUGACGACACUAUAACAAAGGAAUUCGUUUCACCGUUUGACAUAUCUCCAGUUCCAAACACAAUCCGCAAAAAAACUAACAGAGGACGUAAGGUAAUGGGUUCGGCUGUGAUUACCUCGUCACCAUACAAAGAUGAACUAAAUGAGUCAAUAAAUAAGAAAACUGAAAAAGAGGCAAAAGUUUGUGGCAUUAAAAGAAACUUGUCCUCAGGAAAAUCUUUAAAACCAAAAAGAAAUCCUAAAAAACCAAAACCAAAGAUCGUAAAACCUAAAAUCCAGACCACAUUAAAACGUCCAAAGAACGAAGUUUCUUCUGAUGAAACUGAAAGUUCCGAAGUUGUAACACUUGAUGACUCUGACAGUGAUUUAGAGAGUAUGCGAGGGCAUACAAAACCCAAAACCCAAUGA